AGCCAUAUUUUCUUUGCUCACAGCUGAGAGUGACUCAUGGAUGAAUCACACAUUACAAAGAAUAGGACACUUUUCCUGGAUCCAAAGAAGAAAAUAACAAGAACCAGGAAAGUAAAGCACAAUAUACUGUACCAGCUUUUCACUAAACUGGUAUAUUCAGCGCCCCUUCUUACUUGCGCAGGCCCAGGACCAGCCACAUAUCAGCUUUAUGGCCACUGUUCACAUGAACCGCAAAACUGAAUCAGCUGCGAAAUCAAGUUAGGAGCAGAGUAAGAGUAAAGAGAAGAGGAUGCGGCUGAACGCCGAGGUUACACAACGCGGUGCCACGCGCACCGUCGCCGGUUCUCGGGCCCCGAGCAGCUCUGAGCUCCAUUCUGAGUGUGGGCUGUGCAGCCUGCAGGUGCUCGUCUCCCCGCCGCUCUCCUCCGCGAAUCUGGGUUAACGCGCCACCAGGGUCUCUGCGCUCCCUCUCUCCCCGGAUCGUACAGGCGCAGGGAUGGAGCUGAAACCGACGAAGAGCACUUCAUCUGUGACCCACUUAUUGGCGAUAUAUGAGGCUCGCUGAGCUCCGGCGCCGCUGCAGCCUCCGAGCCUGGAUCCGACUCGCCGCGUCGAGCUUCCAGCGGGAGCAGAGCGGAGAGACGGCGGAGCGGCGAGAGCGGUGACGCGGGAGCGGGGACGGAGCGUGCGGGGACGGAGCGUGCGGGACGCGACGUGCGGGGACGGAGCGUGCGGGACGCAGCGUGCGGGGACGCGGCGUGCGGAGCCGUCGCUCGCUGGACAGAGGGCGACGCUGGACGACACGCACCAAGUUGGUCCGUGUCUCUGCUGCCAACUUCAAUCACAGCGCUGACACCGUAGGAUCUCCAGGCCCAGCGUGAGGACUGGACAAGCCUCAGGGAGCAGAGCUCUGUCCGCCUCCUCCACUGCUGCACCUUCAGUCAGAAAUCCUCCUCCUCACCCUGACCUCCAGCUGCCCUGCUCCUCCUGCUCAAUCCACCUGCGACUACACUGCCUGGCCUGUUUUUUGUGCUGAGGCCAUGGCAGUGCCAUCAGCAAACGAGUUUCACUGGCAGAGCCUGGCGCGACUUCCCACCGGCCGAGUCUACCACAGCUUGUCUGAGGUCGGGGGGCAGAUGUACAUGCUGGGGGGCUGUGACGCAGCAGGGAGGCCCUGCCCUGGCCUGGAGCUCUACUCCCCAGAGGGGGACCGGUGGAUAAGUUUGCCCCCAAUGCCCACACCUCGUGCUGGGGCGGCUGUGGCAGUGCUUGGAAAGCAGAUCCUGGUGGUGGGGGGAGUGGGAGAGGACCAGAGCCCCCUGAAGGUGGUGGAGAUAUACAACACAGAGGAAGGGCGGUGGAGAAAGAGGAGCUCGCUACGAGAGGCCCUGAUGGGGGUAUCCAUCACUGUGAAAGAUGGCCGGGCCCUGGCUGUGGGGGGAAUGGGUGCAGACCUGCUGCCUCGUAGCACUCUGCAGCAGUAUGACCUUCGCAAAGACAUGUGGGCGCUGCUGCCUCCCAUGCCAACGCCGCGCUACGAUGCCAACACACACCUGCUGGGCAAUAAAGUCUACGUUGCAGGCGGUCGGCAGUGUAAGCGACCACUCAAGGCCUUUGAAGUGUACGACACGGAGACCCGUUCCUGGACGACGCUGCCCACGAUGCCGUGCAAACGCUCGUAUGGGGGUGUGAUAUGGGAUGCGUCAAGGCGGCUGUGUUUGCUAGGAGGCCUGCGCCAAGGAGGAGGACACCAGAGCUCCAAGUUCACAAAGAACGUCAACAUUUUCGACACAAAUCAAGGUGUGUGGCUGAAGUCAGAGGAGACGGUGGCCAUGAAAACGAAGCGGGCCGACUUUGCUGCUGCGUUCCUGCGUGGCCGGAUGAUCGUGGCAGGAGGUCUGGGUCACGAACCCUCAGCCCUGGACACGGUGGAGGCCCUACAUCCUCAGAGGAAGAAGUGGGAAAGGUUGGCUCCCAUGACCUUCCCUCGAUGCUCCGCCUCCUCCAUCAUCAUCAGAGACCGCCUCCUGGUGGUGGGAGGAGUCAACCAGGUUCCCAGCUCAGCCCACGAGAUUCUGUAUGUAAAAGAAGAGGAGUAUCUGUAGCUACGAGGGCGCAUCGAGCAGAUCGGCAAUUGUGGUUCGUCCUCUGUAGCAGACUGGAAACCCUGCAAGUGCUGAGAGUGAUGGAACCCCUACUACUUCCACCCACCGUAGUGUGACAGCUAGCAGUGCCCCCUGCUGGGCCGGACUCACGCUGAGCAAGUUCUUGAUACUCGUAGCGCAUGACAUCUCUGGGUGUACUGUACGUUGUAGUGCACAUACAAUAGGAGAAUAUUUGGUACAGUAGCUGUUAUGUGUAGUAACAAAGACAGAAGCAUUUCAGCUGAGACAGGUGUCUGGUUUCCAUGGUAACUUAUUCAUAGGCUUACUGUCAUGACUGGUGGACAUGACUGCAAUAAUUCUAUAUCAUUUAAGAGUGAGCUGGACUCAGUGGGAGCUGCUUGUGCCACUUCUACUUUUAGUUGUUGUGCUUAUUGCUGUGUCACCACUCUUCUCCGCUCAUACAUCUCUAUAUAUAGAUGUAUAUAUACAUAUUACUAAGUGAUAAUAAGUGGUUCCCACACAGCUGUUCUGUGUCUGCUUUGCUCUUCGUGCAGCACUAGUUACUGCUUGGUUGAUGUGAAAUGCUGUGUAGUACCUGAUUCACACAGAGAAGUGCAGUAGUUUUCAUGGUGUUAUGACUUGACACUCUGAAUGUGUGUGUUCUGUCACAGUCUGUUCCGUCUCCUGCAGAGGAUAUGAAUAAUGAACUUUCACUGGAAUAAAUGUGGCCUGUACCUUCAAGUACGCUUGUUUUCCAGCAGGUGGCAGUGAUUACACACUGAACUCAUCCAAAGUCUCACAACACAGCUACUAAUGCUUAAAGUACCUUCACACUCAUUUAUUCCAGAGAACUCAACCUGACAUUUAUAUGAAGCAGCCUCAUCGAGGAGCUGCUGAUGUAGCUGACAUUGAGCAGCAUGAGGAGCCUGUGCUUCUGCAGCAGCGUCUGAUGUCUGUGACCUGCUCGGCUCCUCUUCCUUCAGGUUCCUUUUCUACAAUAGCUCCCUCACACUAAGCUCUAAGGUAAGAACAGGGACGUGACUUCAGUCAGCGAUGAUGUAAGGUGUAAAGCUUGUCUUCCAGUCACAUAACCUCAGUAACUCAUUCACAGAACUGCAUUUUUUAUCCUCUUCCACAUUUUUGCAUUUUUCCUCCAGUAUUGCUACUGUGACAUUAAAGUUUUCUGACUUUGA